AUGAAGUUCAAUAAAAGUGUGAGCAGUUCCAGGAGAAAGUGCAGAAAAGCACAUUUUGCAGCAAACGAUGCAAAGAGAAGACUAAUCAUGUCCUCGACUCUAAGCAAAGAGCUUAGAGAGCAGUACGUUUUCAAGUCCUUCCCCAUUGUAAAGGGAGACGAGGUGCUGGUGAAGAGCGGAGACUUGAAGGGCAAGUCCGGAAAGGUCACAAAAGUAAACCGAGCCACGUACAAGGUAGUUCUAGACAUAACAUACAGAGAGAAGAAGAACGGCCAAGUGGCAACUUUUGGCAUCCACCCGUCCUCGCUGGAGAUCACCAAGCUAUGCAUGGACAACAACAGGCAGGCCCUCCUCGAGAAGAAGAAGAAAGCUAGAUGCGAGCAAGACAGCGCAAAACUGCAAAAGAAAGAAACAGCUGCUCAAUAA